CACACACACACACACACACACACACACACAGAGAGAGAGACAGAGAGACCGUCGUCUGAACAUGAGCGCAGCAGCGGCAGAGGAAGUAAAUUUUACAACAGAAGAAAUCCCUGCUCGUGCUGUUGUUCUGCAGUAAGUGUUGGCACCCCUAGCCCCACAGCGUUUCUGCACAUGCGCGGGAUGAGGCUCGGAUGAAGUCAGCAUGUCUUUCAAGAAGGAAACACCCCUGGCCAAUGCUGUGUUUUGGGCAGCAAGAAAGGGGAACCUAGCCCUUCUUCAGCUUCUGCUCAACAGUGGCCGAGUGGACGUUGACUGUAAAGACAGUUAUGGCACAUCAGCCUUAAUGGUGGCAUCUUACAGCGGUUAUUAUGAGUGUGUGAAGGAACUGAUCAUGCAAGGGGCUGACAUCAACCUACAGAGAGAGACAGGCUCUACUGCCCUGUUCUUUGCAGCACAACAAGGACACGAUGAAAUCAUUAAGCUUCUGUUCGAGUUCGGAGCCUCCACGGAAUUCCAGACCAAGGAUGGUGGUACGGCCCUGUCUGCAGCCUGUCAGAGUGGGCACUCCAAAGUGGUGGAGACUCUGCUUAAGAACGGAGCCAACGUUCAUGACCAGCUCAGUGACGGAGCCACACCCCUCUUCUUAGCCUCACAGGAAGGUCAUUUGACCGUCGUGCGUCAGCUGUUGUCAUCUGGAGCCAAAGUGAACCAGCCUAGAGAGGAUGGCACCGCCCCGCUGUGGAUGGCAGCCCAGAUGGGACACAAUGAUGUUGUGAAAGUUCUGCUGCUCCGUGGUGCAGAUCGGGACGCUGACCGACCAGACGGCUCCACAGCGCUUUUUAAAGCGGCACACAAAGGACACUGCAACGUCAUCGAGGAGCUCCUCAAGUUCAGUCCAUCUCUAGGCCUUCUGAAGAACGGUUCCUCAGCUCUUCAUGCUGCAGUCAUGGGUGGAAAUCCGAAAACUGUGAAGCUUCUGCUGGGAGCGAGCGCUGACCCCACUUUACGCAACAAGAACAAUGACCUUCCUGCAGAUCUAACGAAGAACGAGCGCAUCCUGAGGAUCCUCCGGCCACAGAUCUUAAAUGGAGGCAGUUGAUGACAGUUUCUCUUUGCCUGUUAGUCGUUUACAGUCUCCGUUUUUGUGUCCAUUAAAAAUGCACUAUACUCAAAUAGAAGAGGCCACAAAUGACAAACCAGAUCUUUUUAAGGGUGCCUGUUUGCAUUCAGAAUACACUAAUCUAUUUCAAACACAAAGCAGCAGAAAAAAUCUUUUGUCGUGGGAAAGCGGAGUUCCAUACAAACUUCAAGACUUUACUUUAAAUCUGUCGUGAGUCAGGUCCCACAGCUGCACAUAGUAGAACUGUGAUCAAACUGUGAUACAGUGUUCCUCACUUUUAUGUUGACCAGUGAUAAAAAAAAAAUACACAAAAUGUGCACUGAUCUUUUAAUCCUGUGUUUAUGUGCAUUUUUUUUUUGUUUUAUAUUAAAUGCUUGGCCAUGAGGUAAUAUAAUAAGACCGCAGUUUAUGUUUCUGCAAUGACCCUAAGUUACAUUUUUAGGUCACAAAUUUAAUACAUUAAAUGUAAAUAACAUGUAUAAUAUAAAUCUAAAAAUAAUAUAAAAUAAAUACAUUUAAAAUCUGUAUUAAAGGGUGUCAUCCAUGUAUUAUACUGUGACCAUGCCUUAUUUAAAAUAAUCACCUUAAAAAAAAACAGGUGCUUUAAUAUAUGCAAAACAAUUAUUUUCUUCGCCAUUUUUCUGUGCAUCCUUGAAAAUGUUUGUGUGAAUGCGUAUGAAAUUGUAUAUUUGUGAAAUC